CUCUUCUUGUUCAAAAAUGAAUCGCCCACGAGGCCAUCAUUCAGGACAAGUCACCACAAACUUGCCGCACAAAGGAUUUUUCAGCCGAAUCGAAGAUUCAUCCAACAGCGAUGAGGACGGUUAUUAUGACGAUAUUAAGAAGAAUUGGCAUAAGAGAUGGUUUGACACCUCGAACUUCCGUGAGAGAAUGGAGAACUUGACGCUCGAAGGGAAACGUAGAAGUCCUCCCAGGGUCCGGCGAGAGCCCCCGAUGCGGAGUCCAGGAAGAAAUGAGGUGAUGUCUCCUGAGAGAAGGUAUGGGACAAGAUCUGCAAGUUCCAGAAGCCAGAAUGAGUGCUCCUGCAGAAAUCGUGCUCCAGCUCGCAGCCCGAUUCAUGACCAUGAACGAUUGAACUACAGGAAUCAUCGCCGUUCCCCAAGUCCUGUGAGAAGCGACUAUGAGAACUAUCGACAAGACUUGAGCCUGCAGAGAUCCAUAACAUCAAGACAACAAAAUUAUCAUGAUCAUAGCGGCCGAGGAUCCAGAGGUGCAAGAUCUUCAGUCGGAACCUCCAGACAACAGUAUGGACGUCGGAUGAGCUUUGAUCGUUCCCCAAGUCCUUCGAGAGCUCCAGGACGUGGCUCCAGAAUCAGUGACCGAGGUGGAGAUUAUCGAGACUCAGGCUUCAGCAGUCAACAAUCAGCGGAUCCUAGAAGUGAUCGACAGGAUCAGAAUAAGCCUAUACAUCAAAAUCAAAGAGAGCACAAAAUAUGGGCCAAGGACUACCGCAAAAUUGCCAAUGUAAACUUUGUGAACGAAAAAGUCAAGCACCCGUGUGCUCUCUGUGGCUAUCGACAUUCAGUGGAUCAAUGUUUCAAAUUUAUCAAUGUGAACAACCGAAGAAAAGCUUUGAUUAUGGCUGGAAGAUGCACUAGAUGUCUUGGAAGACAUUCUUUCAAGGAUUGUCGUAGUGCGAAAUUCAACGUGUGCAUGUAUUGUAAGGAUGAGGAUCCGAACGUUGAACUUCACAAUUAUGGAUUGUGUGCAAAGCCGACUCCGAGCCAGGAACCAGAACCUGAAAUACAAAAUUUUCAUGAUCAAAUGAGAAGCUAUGAUCGUUCUCCAGUCCGGGCAUCUUCAAAGAACCAAGAAAGAUCUGUGAAUUGUUCUCCAAGUUCUCCUAGAAAAAAUCAUCGAAACGAUCGACGCUCGAGCUUCCUCCCAGAAAGAAACUUCAACAGUCGACAGGGAGAAGAUCAGAGAAGAGAUCGCCAGGAACUUACUGAUUCGAGUCAUCAACAGCAAAGAGAGCACAAAAAACGAUUCAAUAACGGACUCUACCGAAGAAUUUCUGAAGUGAACUUUGUUAACGAGUUUGUCAAGCACCCAUGUGUACUCUGUGGCAAUCGGCAUACGGUAGAUCAAUGCUUUAAAAUUAUCAAUGUGAACAACCGAAGAGAAGCAUUGCUCAUGGGUGGACGAUGCACCAGAUGUCUUGGAAAACAUUCGUUCCAGACUUGUCGUCGUGUGGAAUCACAUGUAUGUCGAUAUUGCAAUGAUGAGGAUCCAAACGUUGAACUUCAUAAUUAUGGGCUCUGUCCAAAGCCUACUCCGAGCCAAAAGCCAGCGGAAGAUGAAUCUGCUUUAUGAAAUAUGAUUAUUUGGUUUUUCUUGUUCAAUAAUUCCAUUAUUUCACUUUAACAUGUUUUUAUCAUUAUUUUCCUUCUCAAUAAAAUUUUUUAUGUAA